AUUAUUUCUUAUCUAAAACAUUUUCUGUCUGGCCUGCCGAGGUCUGUUCUGCAGGUGGGUCUGAGGCACACUGCCCUCCCACGGGGCUGGUGUUGUCUUUUAUACUAUAAACUAUGUAUUCGAUAUUUACAGUUAUUUUCCAAUACCUAUCACCUACGUUAGACAGUGACUUUCUACUCUACACCAAUCCCAAAGUGCCUCCAUCAUCAAGAAGAUGGAGGCUAGAAAGAAGAAGGAAGGACAGGACAAUGCCCAAAUUGCUCCGUCUUGUCCCUAGACCCCCAUAGUGAAAUUCUUUAAAAUUCCACCUUUCACCCUGUGACAACUACUGUUAUGCUACUUAAACUUUUGUGACUUGUAAUUCUUUGUAUAAGGUUGGUAAUUUGCUCCAUGGGUCGAACUCAAAGCCACAGGGGUCUUUGGCUUCCUGCCAGGGUAUCCGACCGCCCUGCCAGGGCUUUGAGCCAUCCAGGCAUCCAGAGGGAUGUCCUGGAUUCCGGCAGAGGAGCAGGAGGAGGAGCAGGAGGAGGCACUGUAUUUACCGCUUUGAAUCUUCUCAGAGAAAUCAGAGUUCACUACAAACACAAGAUUAACUUUCCAAAAGCAUUUCAGCACAUUUUUAAGACAUUCUAGAAGGCGGUGCGUUAAGGUUUCAGCAGUCGGGGCAGGCAGAGCCCUUCCGGCAGAUGCCGGGGGUUCGCCCCGCCGCAGGGGGAGCCGCGGGGGCAGUGAGGCGGCCCGGGGGAAGCGGAGCCGCCGGGCCGGGCCGGGCGGGGCCGAGCCCCGGGAGCGGGGCAAGCGCAGGCGGCAGCGAGGGGCGGCGGCGCGGGGGAAGCGAGCCGGGACCGCCCGGGGCUCGCCGUGGGCCGGGCAGCCCCGCGCUCCGCCCAGCCACAGCGACUCGGGCUCAGGACCCCAGUCCGGGCCGGCAGCGCCAGAGCGGAGAAACAACCGAUCCCGGGCAGGGCAGCGGGAACCCCGAGAAGAGGGGGCUGCGCCCGCGGUGCAAAAGAGCCACGCCUUCGAGCAGCGCUCCCGGCCCGCGCUCCUCAGCUGCUUCCGGCACGCUGAUUGAUCUAAAAGGCCAAAAUCCCUCCCACACUGACGACAGCUUUAAAACUGCGGUGCCAGCGGCCGUGGCGUCCUCUGGACGGCGCCGCAGCGGUGGUGGUGGUACCCGGAGCCCGGCGGCGGCCGCAGCCCAGGGUGCCAGCAGCGCGGCUGCAAAGCUGCUCCCGAGGCCGAGCUCCCAAAGGAUCUGUCAGCACUCCUGAUGCCUCCGUUUCAAGGUGCUGUUUGUUCCUGUCAGAGAGAUUCCGGCUGUGAGCUGGAGGAGAGUGAAUUGUGCUCCAUUCAUGGAGUUGUGAAGGAACUCCUGCAUCCCCAGGAGGGACCAGCAGCCGGGGUUCCACACUCGCCUGGGGCACAAGGAGCCACUUGGCAUCAGCAGGGGGCUGCCACUUGUGAGCGUGCAGUGAGUGAAAAUGUGGAGAAUGGAUUCUGCACCAGGGAUGGGAGUGUGAGGGAGCUCCUGGAUCCCCAGGGCACAUCAGCAACCAGCACUGAACACAAAAGGGGCCUCAGAAGAUUGCUGGGUGAAUGGUUCAGGAGCCAUCCCGUGGGCACGGCGCUGCUGAUUCUGCUGCUCCUGGUGCUGCUGCUGGCUUUGGGGGUGGCCUUGGCUGUGCUGGCAGCAGCAGCAGCACAGGUUCCAGUGACACCUGCCACUCCACAGUGUGUUCUGGGCUGUCCCCCUGGCUGGGUUGGCUACAAUGGGGUCUGCUACUACUUGUCAAGGGAUUACAGCAGCUGGGAGCAGGCUGAGGAACGGUGCUCGGAGCUCGGGGCCUCCCUAGCCAUUCUGAAGGAUGAGGAGGAAAUGGGUUUGCUCUUCCGCCUCCGCGGGAACGGCGAUUACUGGCUCGGGCUGCGCAGACGGGGCGAGCGCCUGCACUGGGGGGACGGCAGCAGCUACAGCUCCCGGGUUCCUGUCCUCGGCAAUUCCGACUGUGUGUACCUGGCUGACGGGGAGAGAUUCAGGAGUGAGUUCUGCUCCAACGAGCGGCCGUAUGUCUGCAGCAAGGCCCAGGCUCCCCUGUAACAGGGGCUGCAGAAAGGACCUUGUCCACGCUGGGCAGUGCCAGCUUCACCUCUCAGCCCAGCCCAGGGCUGUCCUUGCUCAGCUGCACCCUGUGCCUUGCCCUCGCUCUCAGGGUCACCUCAGUGCCUCUUCAUCCAUGCCCAGUGCCAGCGCUGGGCUGGGUGUGCAAAGGAAAAGGCUCUGCAAUCCAUCCUGCCCCCGAUGCUGCCUGGAGUGAGUGCAUCGUUCUUAUGACACAACAAGGUCCAAAGGGAAAUCCAAAUUGCCUUGGAAAUCAUCACAAGGCUCUUGGUAAUCACCACAAACUGGCCUGAAGGUGACACUUUUGGUUGGUCUUUGGAAGAGGAAGAAGAGCAGCUGAUUUGUGCUGAGAAGGAAUCCCACUUUUGACAUCAGGCACCUGACUGUGAAGAAGGGUCUGUCAGCUGCUGGCUCUCUCUCUCUCUCUUUCUCUCAGUCUCACCUUUGGAGGAGGGCGGUCGGAGCUGCUGCUUGGGGAAGGGAAUUCGCUGUGGACUGGGUUUGUGUUCUGUUUGGGGUCCAUGCUGCACUGGUUGGUGUUUUUUUGUUUUGUUGUACAUACUAGUUAAGAACUGUCAUUCCAUUCUCAUAUCUUUCUUUGCUUGAGAACCCCUUAAUUUCUAAAUUAAAAUAACUUGGAGGCAAGGGGUUUACACUUUUUGUUGCUCCUGCAUUCCUUAGCAGAUCCCUGUCUUUACAACCAAAACACCCCCAUCCCUCUGUGCCACUGUGUGGAGAGGAGGAAAGAAGGGAAUCGGGGAUAAAGUGAAGCCCAGGAAGGAGAGAAUAGUGUGGGCAAGGUGCACUUUUAG